CACUUGUACUCGACAAUCACCCAUCUCAAUAUGGCCGCUCCCACUAAAGCAAUCCUCAUAACCGGAGCGACAGGCAAGCAGGGCGGCUCGGUGCUCAAACAACUUGCAACACAUCCUUCCAGUCCACAGUUCAGCCUCCUAGCUGUGACGCGGAAUACCACCAGUGCUUCCGCUAAAAAGAUCACAGAGCGUUACUCUAACGUGAUCCUUGUUCAAGGCGAUCUUAAUGACAUCCCCGGCUUGUUUGCAAAUGCCAAAGAGGCUCUCAAAGAUGCAGACAAACCACAAGAUGUCUGGGGCGUCUACAGUGUACAGCCAUCCAUCGGCCCUGGCGUCACCUACGACGGUGAAAUUCAGCAGGGCACCGAAUUGAUCGACGAGAGCAUCAAACAUGGCGUAAACCACUUCAUCUACUCAUCUGUCGACCGCGGCGGUAACGAGAAGAGCUCCGAUACCGAAACUCCAAUCCCCCACUUUCAGACGAAGUACCACAUUGAGAAGCACCUUCUUGAAAAAGCUGGAAAGCAGGGCGAGAAAAUGAACUGGACCAUUCUUCGCCCCGUAGCCUUCAUGGACAAUCUUGAGCCUGGCAUGCCGUCCAAGGUUUUCCUCGCUGCUCUUCGCGAUACUUUGGGUCCGAACAAGCCGAUGCAGUGGAUCUCCAUCGAUGACAUUGGACUUUUUGCCGCCAAGGCGUUCCGCGACCCGGAGGCUUGGAAUGCACGCGCUGAAGGGCUUGCCGGGGACGAGCUUACCUGGGAGGAGUUCAAUGGGUGCUGGGAGAGAGCGACUGGAUAUCCUGUUCCUGCUACUUACGGGUUUCUCGGGUCGGCAUUGAAAUGGGCUGUAGGGGAAGUUCGUGUCAUGAUCAAUUGGUUUGGAACGGAUGGAUACGGGGUUAAUGUUGCUAGGCUUAGACAAGAAGAGAAGGAGCUCUGCGGUUUUGAGAGGUGGCUGAAGGAGAGAAGUGGGUGGAAGAACACCGCUUGA